AUGACUUCACUUUUCCUCACCGGCUCAAUCGAGGACGGCGCAUUAAUUUUUGGCGAUUCGGCAACAAGAGACACAAAUGGAUAUCCACAGCCUUUAAACGAUAAAAGUCAACUCAAUUCGUCCAUACAUCAUCUCUCAUUUAACAAUAAUAAAAGUGAUUACACGAACAAUUGGCUUGCUUCUCUUUCUACUCUACCAUCGCUUAUUCCCUCUACGGACAGUAACAUCACCUCACCUGCACUUUCGGAAAUUCAUAUUUCCCCACUUACAAUACUUUCAACGUUAUCAGACAACAAUCAAGAUCAGCAAUCAUCGCAAGCUGAUCAAGAUUUUCUCAAGCCAUAUAGAUUUGAAGAUUUCAAUCUAGGCUUUACUUCCUCAACCAAAAAUUGUUCUUCUGAGCAAGAUUAUGCAAAUUACCCUCAAAGUUUGAGUGAUUUGGCGGAUAUGAUCGUACUGCCUACCCAAUAUUUGGAAAGUAGCGAAAUUCAGCAGGAAAAUAUGCUAGGAUUAUUCGAUCCGUGUAAAGCAACAGAAAUACAUCAAGGUAUAAAUUCCACAAUGGCAGAAGUAGGUUUUAUGGAAUCGCUAUCAUCGCGACAGGAGUGGAACAUGCAAUCAACAAUUUUGACAAAUUCAACAAGUUUGCAUUCUUUUCCCUAUGAAAGAAAUGAUCCAGUAGAAGUGGGAUCCAGUGAAGUUAUCCAACGUCAGUUGUACACAGAGGUGACCGGACAAGUAGGAAUUGAACCGAUCAAAAGGGUGGAAAAACGUCGUCAAUCCAAGACGUUUGAAGAUGUGAUGGAUUAUUACUUCAGCAUUCAGGAUGAGCAAGGGCCAUCGAUAAAUAGCCGACAAUGUAGAAGCGAUUCAUUGCACACCACAAAUUCGGUUUCACAUAAACCAAGAGCCAUAAAAAGACAUCGAUCACAUGCAGAUGCUUCAUCAUUAUACGUGAGACAUAAAAUCGCAAGUUUUGAUUGUACACCACCACUUCCCGUUCGACCUUAUUCUUCUGAUGAAACUUUAAUGGGCAGCAUGGUAGAACAAACAGCAUCAAACGCUCUCAGACGGGAAAGAUCAAAUAGUCUUGCAUCAUCAAUUAUAGAUAGAACUACGGUCAGAGAUGAGCAAAAUCGACAAAAGAGUAAACGUUAUUACGAACGAAAAAAGGCUCAAAAUCUAGCAACAACUGCACUUUGUACAGCAUUGGAUGCUUGGCAAGCAAUAUUCUCUACAUCUUCACAAAUGAUAGAAUUACCUGAAGUUGAGAGAAUGGAAGAAGUGAUGGAAGCAGUACCCGCCUCUCCAUCUCAAAGGAAGAAACUUAAUAAAAUUGCACAAAGGAAUGAAGAAACUCGUCAAAUACGUACAAUCAUGUCUUCUGCAAAAAGGUUGGAAGGAUUGUUGAAGUCUACUCCCUCUUCUGAGAUUGCCAGGAUUGUGGUUUUGCACCGUCAAUUUUCACAUAAGCAGGACAGAUCGACAAUUGAAAUGUACAAUCAUUUAUCCACUCUAGAGGCGGGUUUGUGUAUUUGGCUAGAUCAUCUUCAUUCAUGGUGCGAUUUGGUAUUGGCAGAAAAGAGAUUGGCGGACACGCAUACGGGAAGACCAGUACAGAGAUUAAUUUCUCUUUUAUCAAACAUAUCAUAA